AUGGAAAAAAUCGGUUUAGCUAGCUGGAAUGUAAAUGGGUGGAAAAAAAGCUGUGAAAUAAUAAAAAGAAAUGAUGAUGACUUGCUACUAUUUUUAAAAAAACUCGAUAUCGAUAUUCUAUGUUUACAAGAAACAAAAACGAAUGAAUCAUUUAUUGAGAAUGAUUGUAAUUUAUUAGAGGCUGAUUCAAAUAUGUAUGAAUCGUAUUGGAGUUGUUGUAAAAAAAAAAAAGGAGAAAAAACACAUAAGGGAUAUUCAGGCUUAGCAACAUAUGUAAAAAAUGAAAAUAAAAUAAUAUGUUCAACAAAUAAAGUGUUUGAUGAUUUUUCUUUUUUUAACAAGUAUAUAAAAAAGGAAAACUUAUUAAUAAAGAAGAAGUCUGAAAUUGAUAAAACAUCCAUAUCUUUUUUUUUAUUAUUAAAUGAUAACAAGGAAAUAUAUAAUGAUCAAAAUAUAAAAUGUGAUAAAAAUAAUGAACAGAUCAAAAUAAAUAAUAAUAAUAAUAAUAAUAAUACAAAUAUAAGUGUAAGUGUAAGUGUAAGUGAAUUUUUUAAUGAGGGAAGAAUAUUAAUUACUAUGCAUAAACAUUUUAUUAUAGUUAAUAUAUAUGCUCCUUAUUCUGGACAUAAUUAUGAAAGGCUAGAUUAUAAGAUAAGAUUUUUUCAUGCUGUAAGAGCAAAAAUGUUACAACUGAGAAUAGUAACAGGUUUACCUAUAAUAUUAUUAGGAGAUUUUAAUAUUUCUUAUCGUAAUAAAGAUAUAUAUUAUCUUAAUAAUAUUAUUAAUUUAGAUAUAUUAUUAAAAAAUAUAGAUAAUAUAGACUUAAAAGAAGAUAUAAAAAUGCAAAUUUUAAAAAAUAUACCUUUAAUUAUUAAUACCUUAAAAGAUAAAAAUAAUUUUAUUAUUAAAAAAUAUAAAACACAAAAUAAUGAAUUGUAUAACUUAUAUUUAAAAUUUGAUGAUACUCAUGUCAAAUUUAUAGGAAAUAAUUUCUCAUCUCUCGAAGAAAUUUUCUAUUUCUUUUCUUUAGAUCCUGUAUAUGUUGAUGAUAAGUAUAAGGAUUAUCCUUAUGAAUAUUAUUUUGUUGUAAAUAGGGUCUCUGACGAUUUGCAAGAUAUUUGUAACAUCAAUAUAAAUGGGAACCACCAUGGUAGUAAUAAUAAUAAAAAUGAUGACCACAAUAAUAGUAGUAAUAAUAAAAAUGAUGACCACCAUAAUAGUAGUAAUAAUAAAAAAAAUGAUGACCACCAUAAUUGUAGUAAUAAUAAAAAAAAUGAUGACCACCAUAAUAGUAGUAAUAAUAAAAAUGAUGACCACCAUAAUAGUAGUAAUAAUAAAAAUGAUGACCACCAUAAUAGUAGUAAUAAUAAAAAUGAUGACCACCAUAAUAGUAGUAAUAAUAAAAAUGAUGACCACAUUAAUAGUAAUAAUCAAUGUUGUAAUUUUAAGGACGAAAAUGAAAAUGAGGAAAAUACCAUUAAGAUAUCAUGCCACAAUAAAUACAUGCAAAACGAUAUUAAGGAUGAGAAUUUUUUGAAAAAAAAUAUAGAGAAAGAAGAUAAUGAAAUUGUAACUAGACAUAAAAAUAAUGUAGAACAUAAGGAACUAUUAAAAAGGUAUGAAAAUUUUUUCAUAAAUAAUGAAAAAAUUUUUGAAUCGAUUACAAAUAAUACUACUACUACUACUAAUAAUAAUAAUAAUAAUAAUAAUAGUGAAGAUAUAGAAUAUUAUUUUUUAAAAAAAGAUAAGAAUAUAAAAUAUAAUAAUGAUGAAAUGAAUAAAAAUGAAAGAGAUAAAAAAAUAUUAAAUUGUAAAAAAAUAUUAUGUAAAUAUAAAUAUAAAAAUAAUAUGAAUGGACAAUAUCUAGUUAAAAAUACAAAUUGUAUAUAUUUAAAACAUUUAAAUGAUAUUUUUAUAUCUUUAAAUAUUAUUCUUUCUGAACAUGAUUUAUUAAAUAUAGCUAAUAGUAUAGGUAUGACUAGUUCACCAUUAUAUUGUGUUGAUAUAAUAAAAAAUUUAAUAUAUGAAGAUAAUAUGAUAGAUACAUUUUCUUUUUUUCAUCCAAAUAUAAAUGGUAAAUUUACAUGUUGGGAUACAUAUCGUCAAUGUAGAGUACAUAAUGAAGGUUCAAGAAUUGAUUAUAUUUUUAUGGAUUAUAUUUUAUAUGAACAAUUUAUUAAAAGAAAUACUUAUCUUUAUGAAUCUCCUACAAUAUUAAAUGAUGAAUUAUAUGAAAUGUUAAAGCAAAAAAAAAAAAAAAAAAAUUCUUUAAAUUAUGAUGAUAUAAAUUCUUUUGAGUCUAAUCAAUAUUAUGCUAAUUAUUUUAAUAAAAUAAAAACAAAGCAAAAAUAUUUUUUAUCAAAUGAUAAUAUAAAUGAUACAUUGAAAAAAAAAAAAAAACAAGAAAAAGAUGAAGAAUACGAUGAACAAAAAUUGGAAGAUCAUAUUUUAGAUACUGAAUUUUAUAAUUUUCAAUUUAAUAUAUCAACUUAUAUAGGUUUUAUUUAUACCUCACCAAAAUUAAGUGAUCAUAUAGCAAUCAAGUGUACAUUUAUUAAAAAUUAUAAUAAGAAAAAUAAAAUUAUUAUUAAAUUAUGUUCUUCACGUUUUAAUAUUAUACUCAAUUAUUUAUGUUCAUCAAUUCAUCAAUAUAUUAUGUACUUACCUCUAUUUUUAAUUAAUCCUUCUCUAUUUUCUUUAACUACAUAUACUUUAUUAGAUCAUGUUCAUUUAUAUGAUGGCGUGUGUCCAAAUAUAUUGAAUACACAACCUCACAAAAAAACAAAUAAAAUUACACAAUACUUUACAAUAAAAAAAAAGAAAUAA